ACCACCUUAACCACCCUCACAAUUACUCUCUCUCUCCCUCUCUCAAAAUUUUCAACCCAUUUCCACAUAAUUUCAUCUUUCCCUCCCUCACCCUUUUUUCUCUUCACCACUCUCACUCAUACACACUAUCAAACAAAAAAUUCAAAAUUACCCAUUUAUGGAUCUCAUUCCCCUAUCACCAAAAUUCAAACUUUAAACAACCAUUUUCCACCCUUUAUCCCAAAUAAACAAAACAAAACCCAAAACCAAACCCACACUUUUCCUCCAAAAUUUCUUACAUUUCCUCAAAAUUCUAAAUCUCCCAAAAAAAAAUACAAACUUUGUUCAACCCUAAUUCCCUCCUUCAAUGUGGCCACCAUGGAACAAAUCAACUUCCUCUUCCUUCUCAUGUUCCUCCUUCAAAGACAUUCAAACCCUCCUCAAAGACGAACCCAUCACCACAAAACCUAAACCCUCUAUAUUCCACCGAGUCACACUCGCUAACAAGCUCCUCCGAGCUUGGUCAACUCAACCCAAACUCACUUAUUCUCCAUCCCCACUAUCAGAAAACGAUCCACGCGCCGCUCAACCGCAUCCUCCUUCACUAACCCCCGUUUCACAGCAGCGCGUGGUUAUCUACUUCACCAGCCUGCGCGUGGUCCGAACAACAUACGAGGAUUGCAAAUCAGUGCGUUCCAUCCUGCGCGGUUUCAAAAUCGCAUUAGACGAGCGUGACGUUUCAAUGGACUCGGGUUUCCUCUCGGAGCUUCGUCGGGUCACGGGUCGUAAAUCCGGGUUAUCACUGCCACGUGUUUUUAUAAACGAGAGAUACAUCGGUGGGGCCGAGGAAGUCAGAUGGCUGCAUGAGAACGGCGAGCUCAAGAAGCUUCUGGAAGGAUUGCCCGUAGCGGAUUCGUAUCUCCACGGUUGCCACGUGUGCGGUGAUCAUAGGUUUUUGCUUUGUGGGGAAUGUUCUGGUGCGCGCAAGGUGUACGCGGAGAAAGGUGGGUUCAAGAUUUGUACGGUUUGUAAUGAGAGUGGUCUAAUCAGGUGUAUCUCUUGUUCUUGUUGACCACGUGCACCUACUUUUUUUAUUUUCAUGAUGUUAAUUUGUAGGACCUGAACAAUAAUUAAAAUAAAAAGGACAAGAUUUUAGGGCAGUGAAAUGAAAAUAUUUGAUAUACUUUUGUUGGGUUGUAUUGUGCUUUGUAAUUUGUUGGUAUGUAGGAAAAUGUGAAGGCCCAUAAGGUAGAGAUAGAUGCAUGCAAUAGGAGUUUUCUGCCUCUAUAUUGGUAUUGUUAACUACUUUAGUCUUUUUACUUGAUGACACUUUUUUGUUGUUGUUGA